CACGUCAUCGCCUCUCCGCUUGGACCAUGUAGUGCCAUUGAACCACGAGACAAGCAGCGAUAUCAAGUUGAGAGCGCACCAUGGCGGUUCUGGAUGGCUUUGAUAUCGAUGCCCCACGCUGGGAUCAGUCCACGUUCAUGGGCCGUCUCAAACACUUCUUCAACAUUACGGAUUGUCGCACUGCACUUCUGUCUGCGUCCAGGCUAGAUGAAGCUAAGGCCAUAGUGGAUAGCUGCAGAGCAGGGUCUAUACCUCCAGGUACCACUGUGGAACAGAUGCACUAUGCUAAGAAGCUCUAUGACUCAGCAUUUCAUCCUGACAGUGGGGACAGGAUGAAUCUGAUUGGCAGAAUGUCUUUUCAGGUGCCUGGGGGCAUGGCCAUCACUGGCUUCAUGCUACAGUUCUACAGGACAGUGCCUGCUGUGGUGUUUUGGCAGUGGGUAAAUCAGUCGUUCAACGCUCUGGUUAACUACACCAACCGCAAUGCUGCCUCCCCCAUCACAACAAAACAGAUCGGGGUGGCUUAUGUCACUGCCACAAGCACAGCCUUGGCCACGGCAGUGGGACUGAACCUCUACACAAAGAAAGCCCCGCCUCUGGUGGCUCGCUGGGUGCCGUUUGUAGCGGUGGCUGCAGCUAACUGCGUGAACAUUCCCAUGAUGAGGCAACAGGAGGUCCUGAAUGGCAUUGCAGUCACUGAUGAAAAUGGCAAUAAGCUUGGUCAUUCAACAAAAGCUGCAGUCAAGGGCAUCACACAGGUGGUCAUUUCUAGAGUAACCAUGGCAGCACCAGGCAUGAUCAUCCUACCUAUAAUAAUGCAGCGACUAGAAAAACACAGGUUUAUGCAGAAAAUCACAUUUCUCCAUGCACCUUUGCAAGUGAUGAUGGUGGGAGUAUUCCUCAUCUUCAUGGUGCCUGCAGCCUGUUCACUGUUUCCACAGAGAUGCUCUAUGGCUGUGUCCAAGCUGGAGCCAGAUCUGAGAGAAUCCAUCAACUCCCAGUAUGGUGACCGCAUUAGCCAUGUCUACUUCAACAAGGGCUUGUGAUACUCGGAUACUGAUUGUCCAUUGCUCCUGGUUUGAGGAACAUGAGCGUUCCUGAGCUGGAGCAAUCUUGAGCUGGACCAUAGAAUUACCAUUUCUUACUUAUAUGAUGAGUGCUGUUGUGCCCUCCUCUCCUCCCCGACUGUAGUUUUAAUUUAGCAGCAUUUAACUUUAGCCCAUCUCUCUAGGCCUUCAACCAGUCUCUGGUUUUACUUUCUGUUCCAUCGCCAAGGCUUCUGAUCCAAGCCAGCUGUGGAAUGCUAAUCACCUGGCUGAGGAAAGUCUGCAGCUGGAUAAAGUAUAUGGUAGCUCUAGUGGAAUAGGUUCAGUGUUAUGCCUGAAGUGGAAAUGUAAUUUAUUUGCUUUGAUGAGGACUGUUUACAGUGGAUGACUGAGAUCUCUCUUUUUUAACUUUUCAAAAAUUAUUUGUCCAUGACGAGAUAAAUGUGCAAAAACUGGUCAAUAAGCAUUUCUUGAUGCUUGUAGUCGGCCUUCAGCAGGAUGUCUCAAGUAGACUGUGGCUUUUAACCAUUCUUUUAUGAGUAAGAGAAGGGGACUGAUGUCAUUUCUCAGCAUACCAGUCUCAGGAAUUUUUAAUUUGAUGAUUUUAAGCUUUAAUGCUCAAUUCAAUACUUGAAACACCAUGCAUGAAAAUAUUUAGUGUACCAGUACUCAUUAGUGAUCAGUCAGUUUGUUAUUCAUGUUUUUACAAUGUGUGUAUAAGGCCAAAUGUAUUAUGCAAAACUUAAUGUCCGGUGCACAAAUGUUGCUGUACAUCCUUCAUAAUGUGCCUUGUAUACAUAAAACUUGGAAUGCUUGGAACUUUUUAUCCUAGUUUGUCCUAUCCUAAUCAUAGCAACAAUUAGAUACACAUGCAUACCUUGCCUAUCUUAAUUUUCAAAUGUGAAAUAAAUGCAGUCAGUUUUACACUGAUGUACCAUUA